AUGUGGGUCGGCGUUAAUGGUGGAAACUCCAUGGUUUUUCUUCUCCAGAAAGGUUUCCGGGGAGAGCUCAGAUUGCAGCAGUCGGGAGAAUCGGAUCCUGAUAGAUGGGGGGUCGACGAAGCUCUCGAAAACUUGGCCUGGGACGAAUACUUUCCAAAGGAAGUUCUGGACAGGCUGGAGGGUGGCAGACCCGACGUAAAGGUUUUCCGUGAUGUUCUCAUUGAGUAUUUGGAGCGAGAUUAUGCAGGAAAAAAUGAGACGAGUCCACCGUUCUCUCAUGCAGACUAUGUCAAGGCGACGGAAACAGAGCAGUAUGAGGAAAUAGUGGAGAAAAAAGCAUAUGAGGGAAAGUUUUGCGAGGCUAUCCUGGAGGCCAUUACUGAUCCGGUUUUCGCAGAACAGAAUUACGAUCUCAGUGGCGAGUAUAUUGCUAAGCAAGCACGCCGUAGAGCCUUCGCCAAGAUCUCACAGGACUUCUUUGACAGUGACGAUUAUGAUGCAGGUGGACCACGCAUUCAAGUUCGGACCCUGGAUUUUGAAACUACCGAGGCGGAGCUUCGGUUGCAUUCACAGGUACGUCAGCUUUCCCGCCUUUUGAACGAAGUCAUGACAAGCCCCAUUCUAUCUGAUAAAAUGGGUCUGAAAGAGCGCCGGGCGUUUGCCGCCAGACUGUGGUCCCUCUCGUUUUGGAAUACUUCGGCCUCAAUGCCUUGA